AUGCCCUCUCCUCGCCUCCCUCCCAUUGCGCCCCACCCGCAGAACGCACACAAUAAAGCCCUUUUCUGCCCUCCGCUGGGGGCGGAGCCACCCCAGUGCCCGGUGCCCGCUGGACCUGGUUCGGCGCCCACUGUGCCUGCUCCUGACCUGCGGCCUCCAGCGCAAGGCCGUCCCCCGAGGCUUGGAGAUUCGACGUCGCCCGCAGAGUGCGCCAGGCGGGUCGUGGGCCAGGGCAGGUCCCAGGUGGCCAGGAGAGGACAGGCCCCGGCCCUCCAGCCUGAUGUGCCCGACCACCAGAAUAAAGUGGUGUCUUGGAUCGACGUCUAUUCCCGAGCCACCUGCCAGCCUCGGGAGGUGGUAGUGCCCCUGACCACGGAAUUCAUGGGCACCGUGGCCAAGCAACUGGUGCCCAGCUGCGUGACAGUGCAUCGCUGUGGCGGCUGUUGUCCAGACGAUGGGCUGGAGUGUGUCCCCACGGGCCAGCACCAAGUCCGAAUGCAGAUCCUCAUGAUCCGGUACCCUAGCAGUCAGCUGGGGGAGAUGUCGCUGGAAGAACACAGCCGGUGUGAAUGCAGACCAAAAAAAAGAGAGAGUUCGGGGAAGCCAGACAGCCCCAGGCCCCUCUGCCCACGCUGCGCCCAGCGCCGCCAGCGCCCUGACCCCCGGACCUGCCGCUGCCGCUGCCGACGCCGCAGCUUCCUCCGUUGCCAAGGGCGGGGCUUAGAGCUCAACCCAAACAGCUGCAGGUGCCGGAAGCUGCGGAGGUGACACGUCACUGUUCAGACUUAGCUUGGCCACUUGCCUCACAAGCGACAGGCUCCACACAGCCUGGGGAGGGCAGCCCAGCCCUUGAGACCUCAGUCGGGGAGGACGCUGCUCCUGGACCUGGGCCUCUCAACCGGGGCUCUCCUGCUGGUCCCUGUCUCCCCGGGGCCAUCACCCAACUGGGUGGGCAUAGUUGGACACAGAGAUUUGGCGGCAUCGAGAGGGGUCAUAUGCUAGUUUGGGGAUGAACUGGGUCCUUUCCAGUUUUUGACCACCAUGUACAAGUGAGCUUCUUAUCACCAGCUCCUUCUUGUCCCGCUGAUGAGACCCCGAUUCCCUGCAGAGAAUGGGGUUUGGGCUUUGGUAUGACAACUGUGCCCCCACCCCACCCCCCGCCCCCGAUAAAAGAAACAGAAGGA